GGAGUAGACCCCACCCUUGUUAUUUCGUUAUGGAUUUUAAUUGGUCGAGAAUGCCGGGCGUUGAAAGUCAAUUGGAAACACGUCGCUGUCGAUCACUUCAGAGGCGUUUCUUACCCAGUUCAUAGGAAAACCACAAAGGCUGCCCCUUACCGCAACUAUCAGCUGGGCCGGGCACUUCUGUACAUCAGCUGGCAGAAACCGCUAACCGCUCGCAGGGCAGGUGAAAUGGACUAUCCUUCGGAACAAAUGAGGCCCCUGUUGAGAGCAGGUCUAGAGGAGGAGGCGAUUGUUGACCACGGAAAGACGAGCUUCGCCACUCUCUCAAACUAUGAGAAAGACGAUUUUGAAAGCCACAGAGCAGUGUAUGUGGGUGUCCAUGUUCCUCUUGGGAGGGAGAGUAAGCGGAGGCAUCGCCACAGAGGACACAAGCAAAGAAAGAAGAAGAAUAGAGAUUCCGAGGAGGGAAAGGAAGACGGCAGGGAUUCUCCUACUUAUGACACACCAUCCCAGAGGGUGCAGUUCAUCUUGGGUACAGAGGAUGAUGACCUGGAGCACGUCCCUCACGACCUCUUCACCGAAAUGGAUGAGCUGUCCUUUAGAGAUGGCACUGCCACUGAGUGGAGAGAAACUGCCAGAUGGCUGAAGUUCGAAGAGGAUGUGGAAGAUGGUGGGGAGAGGUGGAGUAAGCCUUACGUGGCCACAUUGUCCUUACACAGCUUAUUUGAACUUCGUAGCUGCAUACUUAACGGCACAGUUAUGCUGGAUAUGAGGGCCAGUAGUAUCGAGGAAAUCGCAGACAUGUUGAUAGACAGUAUGGUGGCGUCAGGGCAGCUGAAAGAGGAUUUGCGUGACAAGGUGCGGGAAGCAAUGCUGAAGAAACACCACCAUCAGAAUGAGAGAAAGCUCAGCAAUCGCAUCCCACUUGUGCGCUCCAUUGCUGACAUAGGAGAGGGCCUGUCCUCUUCACGUCUUUCUCUCCACAAGCCAGGGACAGCAUCCUCUGUAUCCAACCUGUCCCAGAGACGAGAGUCCAGAGUCUCCGUUCUGCUCAACCACCUGCUGCCCUCUUCUUCUUCCAACACUGGGCUUUUCCCAGGUCCUUCUCCCUUUACCACCCCUCAGGCUUUACGCCGUUCUCAGAGCCCAUCACACAGACAGGGCGUAGUCCUCGGCCCACAAGGCAUCCCUGAGGUUGUGGUAUCUCCUCCAGAGGAUGAGGACCCACCAGAAGAAGAGGCGGUAUCACCACAGCUCAGCCGGCGAGCAUCCUCAGCAUCCCAGAGCGUUGAGCUGCUGCCCUUAGAAGGACCACUGGUGUCUCAGAACUCCGUCCCAAACAAUCUGGAUAGCAACAAGGCAAUGGAUAGGCGACCAUCCAAAGUAGGGGUGGACAUGAAUUUCAUGAAAAAGAUUCCCCCGGGUGCUGAGGCUUCCAAUGUGCUAGUGGGAGAAGUGGACUUCCUGGAGAAGCCCAUAAUUGCAUUUGUUCGACUGUCACCUGCAGUCCUUAUCACAGGCCUUACUGAGGUGCCUGUGCCCACAAGGUUUCUUUUCCUGCUUUUGGGUCCUCACGGUAAAGGACCACAGUACCAUGAAAUUGGCAGAUCCAUGGCCACACUAAUGACAGACGAGAUUUUCCAUGACGUUGCAUACAAGGCCAAAGACCGUACUGAUCUACUGUCUGGGAUAGAUGAGUUCCUUGAUCAGGUGACUGUCCUUCCUCCUGGAGAGUGGGAUCCCACAAUUCGGAUUGAGCCACCCAAGAAUGUCCCAUCUCAGAUAAAGAGGAAAAGACCACCGCAGCCCAAUGGCAGUGCACCUCCAGCUGGAGAACUGGAAAAGGAGGAGGACCAUCAUGCAGGGCCUGAGCUGCAGAGGACUGGGAGAAUUUUCGGAGGUCUGGUCCUGGAUGUCAAGCGGAAAGCGCCCUUUUACUGGAGCGACAUCAGGGACGCGCUCAGUCUACAGUGUCUCGCUUCUGUCCUUUUCCUUUACUGCGCCUGCAUGUCUCCUGUCAUCACAUUCGGGGGUCUGCUUGGGGAGGCGACAAAAGGCAACAUAAGCGCCAUCGAGUCUCUAUUUGGGGCAUCACUGACAGGAGUAGCAUACUCCCUCUUUGCAGGCCAGCCCCUCACUAUUCUUGGCAGCACGGGGCCUGUUUUAGUAUUUGAGAAGAUCCUCUUUAAGUUCUGCAAGGACUAUAGCUUGUCCUACCUGUCUCUACGGACCAGCAUUGGUCUGUGGACUGCCUUCCUGUGUAUCAUCCUCGUGGCCACAGAUGCAAGCUCUCUGGUUUGCUACAUUACCCGCUUCACAGAGGAGGCCUUUGCAGCACUGAUCUGCAUCAUCUUCAUCUACGAAGCUCUAGAGAAGCUCUUUCAUCUGGGAGAAUUGUACCCUGUCAACAUGCAUAACAGCUUGGACAACCUUACUCUGUAUUCGUGUCAGUGCUCUCCACCAGCAAAUGCUACAGAUGAGGUCAUGCAGAAGUGGAACCAGUCCGGAUACAGUCCAGACUCUAUCGAAUGGAGCAGCCUCAGUGUUUCAACGUGCAAAUUGCUCCAUGGAGACUUUGUGGGUCCUGCCUGUGGUCACCAUGGGCCGUACAUCCCAGAUGUUCUCUUUUGGUCUGUUAUCCUCUUCUUCACAACCUUCUUUUUGUCAUCAUUCCUCAAGCAGUUUAAAACAGAAAGAUACUUCCCCACCAGGGUGCGAUCCACUAUUAGUGACUUUGCUGUGUUUAUAACCAUCAUGAUUAUGGUGCUAGUGGACUACCUAAUGGGGAUCCCGUCUCCUAAACUGAAUGUUCCUGACCGCUUUGAGCCAACUUCAAAGAACAGAGGCUGGCUAAUGGAUCCGUUAGGAGAAAACCCUUGGUGGACACUGCUGGUGGCAGUACUUCCUGCCAUGCUCUGCACCAUCCUCAUUUUUAUGGAUCAGCAGAUCACAGCAGUCAUCAUCAACCGCAAAGAGCACAAGCUGAAGAAAGGAUGUGGCUAUCACCUGGACUUACUCAUCGUGGCAAUAAUGCUGGGCGUGUGCUCCAUUAUGGGCUUGCCGUGGUUUGUGGCUGCAACCGUCCUCUCCAUUUCCCACGUUAACAGCCUGAAGGUGGAGUCUGGCUGCUCCGCACCGGGAGAACAGCCCAAGUUUUUGGGAAUCCGGGAACAGCGAGUCACGGGAUUUAUGAUCUUUGUCCUGAUGGGUUGUUCUGUCUUCAUGACAUCAGUGCUCAAGUUUAUUCCAAUGCCGGUUCUGUACGGAGUCUUUCUCUACAUGGGUGUCUCUUCCCUCAAAGGUAUUCAAUUCUUUGACAGAAUCACACUGUUUGGCAUGCCUGCAAAGCACCAGCCUGACCUGAUCUACCUGCGCUAUGUGCCACUGUGGAAGGUCCAUAUCUUCACCCUGAUACAGCUCAGCUGUUUGGUGCUGCUCUGGGUAAUCAAGGUGUCUGCAGCAGCUGUUGUAUUCCCCAUGAUGGUUCUGGCGCUGGUCUUUAUCCGAAAGCUUCUAGACUUUUUCUUUACCAAGAGAGAGCUGAGCUGGCUCGAUGACUUGAUGCCAGAAAGCAAAAAGAAGACGGAGGAUGAUAAGAAAAAGAAAGCACGUGAAAAGCUGGAUGAAGAGUCCGGACUGGAGGAAGAAGAAGAGAUGGGGAUUAAGGACACUUAUGAAGACUCAAACCGGCUCAAGAUCCCAGUGAAGGAACUCUCAGGGAGUUCUGACACUGACCCCUUGGUUGUAAAUAUCUCUGAUGAAAUGGCCAAAACCGCAGUGUGGAAAGCAGUGAACUCGAGUGCAGAGUCUUGUGUCCAACCUGUGAAGCUUAGCGGAAGCCAGGAAAAGGUGGCCUGCGUUAGAGUCGACGUCAGCCCAGACACACCUGGAAGAGACUCCACUACUGAGACGUUCCUGUAAUAAAUUGUGCAGACCUCCUUUUGUCCUCAAUACCUUCUCCUUUACAACACUUUUACCACACUGAUGGACGCAAUCUUAGAGGGAAAGGGGACACACUGAACUGGAGCAGCACAACCUCUCUGCAGAGCUCCUUCAGGGCAGCAGAUGAGCUCCCUUAAGGAUGUGAGUCCUUCUUCAACACACGUCUUGAAGUCCUUCAUGUACAGAAUGUGUACGAAUGGUUGCCAAGAUGUACUAUAAAGGAUAAAACUCCAAGAAACAAAGGAAUUCUGCUGUAACUGCCCACCGAUGUUCACUGUUCAGAAAUUCUGUCUGACUAGCAGCCAUUUAUUACUCAUUUGAAGCACAGACACCAAAGGAAGGGGCCUCACUGGUGGGGGUGUUCAACUGUGUGAAUUUUACUUUUAAACCAUCAAAACUUUUAUAUUUAUAUUUAUAUUUUACUUUUAUUAUUUUAGCUGUUCAUGUUACUCUACUUUUUCUUUCUUGUUAGCAUUCUCCAUUUCUGUAUAUUUAAGGUGGAACUGAGACCUUUCACUAAAGUACACCAGCUUUGAAACCUUUUUGAUUAAAGCCAUUCAGGUACUGUCAGCACCAGAUAAUUCUAUUUUAUAUUUGGUCUGGCACAAUAAAUGACACAAACCAAAACAGACAGAGGUACAUUCAGAUACUACUACUACUACUACUACUGCACCACACUAAUAUUACUGCAUACAUCUUUGUCAGAUUUGCUCAUGAAUAAUCUCUCCUGUCUCUAGGGGAACACUCAGUAUUGAUACUGCUGCUCAAAAUUAGUUUUUACUGUAAAGCCUCACUGUUCAUAGUGUAUGUGAUCUUACUGAAAUAUCACGCGUAUGUGUACUGUGUUCUUUUCGUUUGUAAUAUUGUAGAAAUCUACUUCAGAGGCCAUACGAAGUCUGUACUGUAUAGUAAGCACUUUGCCAGUAUAGUUUCCUACCUAAGAUGAAUUAUGGUGUGUUAAUAAAAAGGUUACUCCUCCUCCCUCUGUAUUUAUGCAUCAGUCAUUCAAAUGUUAAUUAUACAACUCAGGAAUCUUGAGUGAUUUCUGACUAUCGCCAUUUGAUAUUUUAACCGUCUGUCCACUGUGUUCCUCUCAUGGCUGUCAUCACGACUAUUUUACCUAACACUGUAAAUCAUGACAUAUACAAAGGUGCGAAAAAAUGAGAAUAUUUGUGACCCCCAGAUAGCAGCACCUGUUUUUAUACUGUCUAUAUUAUUGUAUUAUUAUUACUGUAUAUGUGGGUGUGGGUGUGUGAGUAUGAGCGAGCGUGUGGUAUAAAGAUAAUUUGUUUAGUGUUGCAAAUCAUAAAUCAUUUUAUGCAAAAUAUUUCUACUGUAUAUGUAAAAGAAUAUAUUAUAUUCUAGGAAUUCUUAUUUUGCUGACAGCAGUCCUGUUUUAGCAAUAAGUAUUCCAUACUGUGCAAUGGACGGACUCCUGAACUUGGCUAAUAUUCAGGCAAAGAAUUAUUCAUCAAACGACUUCUGUGUAUGUUUAAUCUGCUCUGUCUGUGUGUAGCUACAGUGACUAUACGGACAAUAGCUUAUGUGCCUUGUUGAAGCUCUUUGUGUACAAGUCUAGUACUGAUAGUUUAAGUGUUCAGAAGAGAGGUACGGGCAUACGCGGUGGCACCCAAAUGCCAAAGACGGAUCGUAGAGUGAACGAGGACACGGCUCUUUUCCAGAGGCUUCUUUCUGUCGUAGUGUAAUGCCAUGUCUGUGUGAAGGUUGUAGCCUGAGCCAUUGACUCAAAACAGUGUAGUUCAAUUUAUUCUUCCAUUUAAAAAUGUAACUCUAAAUACUGUUUGUCUGUGUGUGUGUGUUCUACUAUCACAGCUAGUGUUUGCUCACAACAUAAAAGCUCUGUAAUCAAUUUUGAGGUACUGUUUCUUUUCUAAGUGAUUAGUGUGUGUCAAAGUGUUGUGCCGUCAACAUCCAGAAAGAAGUGACAUCUAUAUUAAUUUAUAUAUUUGAUUAGAGGGGAAAAAAUGAUUCAUGUGUGGUUAUUUCACUACAUAUGUGGACGUUAAAAUGAAAUGUAAAAUGUUGUCAUUAGAAUAAUCAGAGACGGUUAACGUCCACCAACCAGCUAAGAAUUUACGAUUCCUGUUGUUUAUCUUGUUUUUCCACAUUAUGAGGUUCGAUUUAAGAUGCAUGAAUCUGGAUAAACGAUCAAUAACAUGAAGGAGUUUCUGGCCUCUAUUGUCACACCAACAACACAAAGUAGAAAAUGCAUUUGUUUUGUACAGACAUCAGUGAAGCACACGGCCUCCAGUUGUUAACUUGAACGAUGACUCUUCUGUCAUGGCUGAUUGUUGAAAAGCAAUAAAAACGAAUACAAGGUGA